GAGCAACUCUUCCUGAUAAUAUCUCGAGUGCUGGCAUCUCUGUUAUUGAAGUUGUAUUUUCAGAAAUUAUUGCAAAAAUAUUAAAAGUUGUGUUUUUUUUUUCAAGAUUAUGGCUGAAUCAGCGCAAGUAGAAUCUACACCUUCGGUGCGUUUAACAAAUGAUGAUUUCCGUAAAUUGUUGGCCACACCACGGGCUCCACCUUCUGGAACUGGCGCGUUGGCUACAGCCAAUUUUGCUACACCAGGAACGCCAGCAUCUGUGACUGAAAAGAAGCGUAGCUCUCAUGGCGGUAGUAGUGAGCGCGGGGAUUUGCGCCGUAAAAAGAAAAAUUUCUAUGCUGCCCUUAAAAAACAAGAGGACAAUAAGUUGCAAGAAUUAUCGGAAAAGUAUCGCGACCGAGCCCGGGAACGUCGCGACGGUGCAAAUCCAGAUUAUCAGAAUGUUAGUACCCCGGGACAUGGCAGUACUAAUGCUUAUCGGGCUGUAGCACCAGAUCUAAAAUCCGGUAUAGAUGCGGCCGAAAGAAGAAAACGUAUUAUUCAGGAAUCAAAGUUUUUGGGUGGUGACAUGGAGCACACUCACUUGGUGAAGGGGCUUGAUUAUGCUCUAUUGCAGAAAGUGCGCUCCGAAUUGCAAGUGAAAGAGCAAGAAGAAAGAGAAAUGGCUGCAGCCGAGGCCUCUGAGAAAUUAGCAGAAGCUGCCGCUGCUGAACGCCUGGAAGCUGAACGUCGUGAAGCAGAAGAUACUAUGGCUAUAAAAGGUUCGAUGGCGCGUAACAUUUACAAUCUAGUGCAAAGCAAACGUUCAAAGGAAAUUCAGCGUAUGGAGUUGUUUGCUCCAAGCCGUAUGGCGUAUGUAAUUGAUUUGGAAGAUGAUACUGGCGAAACGGAUAUACCUACCACAUUGAUAAGAUCGAAAUAUGAAGUGCCAAUUAAUCGCGAAGAUGCAGCCACUCUUACCACCAACGACAUUGUAAUUAAUAAAUUAUCACAAAUUCUCUCUUAUUUAAGAGCCGGGGGCCGCAAUAAAAAGAAUAAAAAGCGCGAUAAAGAUAAACCAUUAUUCUAUGAUAAGGAGGUGGAGCAAUUAACUUCAGCAGCGAAAUUAAUUAAUAAAGCGCCAGUGGGUGACAGCAUAUACGACGAUAUCGGUGAUUAUCAACCUCUAGCGCAAAAUGAUAGCAAGUCAUCAAAAGCGGAUAAACACUAUUCCGGUAAUAGCAAUGAAAAGCCACCAACUUAUUUUGGAGAUAAGCGUAUAGAAGACGUUGAACCUGUUAUUACUACGAUACCACCUCCGCCUAAAAUAACUAAAUCGUCGAUAGCUUCACGAUUUACUAACGAACCCGAAGGCUAUGCUGAAUGUUAUCCUGGGUUAGAGGAAAUGAAUGAUGCCAUUGAUGAUUCCGACGAUGAAGUGGAUUAUACUAAAAUGGAUUUAGGCAAUAAAAAAGGACCUAUCGGGCGUUGGGAUUUUGAUACUCAAGAGGAGUAUUCUGAUUAUAUGAGCACUAAAGAAGCUUUACCGAAAGCCGCUUUUCAAUAUGGCGUUAAAAUGGAAGAUGGUCGCAAAACGCGAAAACAUAAGACAGGUAAAAAUGAGAAAGCGGAGUUAGAUCGCGAGUGGCAAAAGAUUCAGGGCAUAAUACAAAAACGCAAAAUCAAAUCAUCUAACGAUGAGCCCGAAUAUAAGCAAAUAAAAUAUUAAAAUCCAUUAUCAAAAUUAAUUUGUGUGCAAUGCUUCGUUAUCAGCCAAUAUUAGGCCAGCUAUAAUAAGCAAAAGAAUGAAGAAAGAAAAACAAAUGCGAAAAUGCUUAAUAUGGUGUUGGGGCAAAAGCUUGGGAUGAUUUGGAUAAGGAGCCUUGGUUACGCUUUUAUAUAUGUGUAAUCCAUUAUUCUUUGUUUCCCUUUCGAAGAAUGCACAUUUGCCGAACUGUUGUUAAGUACUCCCCCCUUUGGAAGAAUUAUUUAAACAUUUCACUUGAAUUUUCUUUAAAUGAAUCCUACGCCGGCAAUGUUUAUAAAGUAAGAGCAUCCAUUAAGAGCAUCUGGAUUAUUUAGUUAUUACAUUUAUUAUUGUAUACAAAUAAAAUUAUGUUUUUGUUCUAUAUUAUGCA